CCAAGUCCAAAAUCAAGGUGAAAGUUCAAGAUUGAAAGUGCCACACUUGAUGCGUAUCAUUAACAGUUACAAAUAAUAAAAAUUUUCCAAUAGAAAAUUAAACAAACUAAACUAAUUAAACAUCCACAUUGUUCACAUGUAAAUAUCGGAUAAUCAAGUUGAACAAUUAAACAGUUUCUUCAAUUAAUCUAUUCUCACAUUCAGAUUGAAAUGAACAAAGGUCUUGAUCAGCUGUAACUUUUUCCUCUUCUCAACCAUCAAUGUAAACAAGUUCUCGAUUGUCUAUCAUCAAUUUACGUUGUUUUGUGUUACUUAUUUUCCAUGUGAUUUAAUUAAUGGACAGUUAACAAUUUCCUCAGGUGUAAUUCCCACUCUCAUCGACUGGUGACCCUUAGAAGUGCCUCUAAUUACCUCUGAUUGGGUUGAUUCAUCUAAAUUAUUUUCCUCUGUUUCCUAUCUCACUGUGUCUCCAUAUUGAAAUAAUCAUAAUGAGUAAGAAAAGAUCAAAGAUCUUACUGGCAAUGUCCAUUCUCGUGAUAACAAUAUUCAUCUUGAUUCAAUUCAUCUUCCAACGGACAAAUCUUAUUCCCCAAUUACCUGCAUCUCUCAUUUCCGAACCAUUAGAAUUGAAAAGCAGUGAAAAUCCAAUGGUAGUUGAAGAUGUUGUUGAUGAUCAAAAUAAUAACAAUAACAUGAAAGAAAUAAGCAAAGGAGAACCAGUUAUACCCGAUGAACCCAUUCAGAGUCAAAUGGAAGAGGAUUUAGUUGUCCAUGAUGAGGAUAAAUCAUUAAUCCACCAAUCUGAUCAAUCUUCAAUUGUAAUUGAUCAACUAAAUGUUUCCCAAAUUUUACAAGAUGGUUUCAUUGAUGAAAAGAAAUCUGAAUCCAAGGAAACCAAUGAGAAACCAGUAGAGUUACCUAAGGUAAACCUCCAGGAAAACAAACCAGAUAUUAAACCAGAAAUUGAACCAGAAAUUGGACCAGAAAGUAAACCACAAAUUAGACUAGAAAAUGAGCUCGAAAUUGGUGAAAAAGCUAAAUUGGCUUCCAAAUCAAAGGAAUUUACGAUAAUUCUUUGGACUGAUUUCUUCCAAACCAAGGAUUACAUCCAAAACUGGCAGUCUAAUUGUGAUUACACUAAUUGCCAAUUCACAUCUAAUCGUGAUUCUUAUCAUGAAGCUGAUGCUCUGAUGUUUCAUUCAGCAGAUAUAAAAACCUCUGAUUUACCAACAGGAACCAGAGAUCCUCAACAGCGAUGGAUUUAUCUUAAUCACGAAUCACCGUCUCACACCGUCUUCCAACCAGUAGCCGCUCUCAAUGGGUUGAUUAACUGGACUGUUACCUAUCGCCUCGAUUCGGACUUUUCGUUAUCUCCAGUUUUCCUUCCGCUCGAAUCGGUGAAACCCGAGUUAUCCAUUAACCAUUAUCGACCUGGAAAGGUCGCCUGGUUUGUCUCAAAUUGUAAAACACCUUCAAAUCGCGAAUCUUAUGUAGAUGAGCUUAAGAAAUACAUACGCGUUGAUAUCUUUGGAACCUGUGGUAACCUUACCUGUUUGCCGAAAAUGUCCGAUCAAUGUUACGAUACUUUGAGCCAAAAAUAUUAUUUCUACCUUUCCUUUGAGAAUUCAUUGUGUCCCGAUUAUGUAACAGAGAAAUUUUUCUCAAUCUUGAACUAUCCAAUUGUACCAAUUGUUUUCGGUGGUGCUGAUUACUCUCGAAUAGCACCACCUAAUUCUUAUAUUGAUGCUCUUUCUUACGAUUCCCCAGCCAAAUUGGCUGAUUAUCUGGUCCAUUUGAUUCAAACUCCAGAGGAAUAUGAUGUUUACUUUAAUUGGAAACGAUAUCAUUAUCAAACAUACUCUCAUUAUGGUUGUAAAAUUUGUUCAGCUCUCAAUCAACCCAAACAAUCAACUAAAACGUGGGAUCAUUUAUCUGAAUGGUGGUUUGAAGAGGCACCAUGUAAACGCUGGAUGGACGGCAAAUUAGUCCCAUGGAAAUCACCCUGAACAAUUAACAUCUCCCUCUAAUCAUUUCCCAUUAAUUUAAUUGAUAAAUUUAUUCCCAUCUGAACAAAGAUGCUCCUGUUGAAUAUAUUAUCCAAAUGAUUUAUUGUAUUAGUUAAAAACACCAUCAAAACUUUUAAUUUUCAUCACCUCAUCACAAUCACAAUCACACCAAUAACCAGCUAUCGAGUUGAUCGUAAUCAAAUUUGAUUGAAUCUCCCUCAUCAUCAAUCACAACCCAAGACCAAUCUUUAACCACUCAUCUAACUUAUUAACUAAUUGUCUACAAUUGAGUCAAUAAAAUUUGUGUACAAUUUAAACUUCCAAUUUUGAUAAAACAUAUAUACUUCCUGUAAUUCAUAUAAAUCCUAAAUUAACUGAAAACAACAACCAAAUCUAAUCAAUGUUAACAUCCAAACAAUCAUAAUUAAUUUGUUCCUAUUAAUGUUGGAUUAAAGCAAUUACUUGUCAAUAUUUUUGAUCAAAAAGCAAGUAUAUUGUUAAUAUUUAAAAUGUGCUCUGUAUCUAAAUUGUUGGCCAACAAAUUGGAUCAAUUUAAAUAAAAGGUAAAAUCUUUCAUAUCGA